AUGGCCAUGACCAGCAAGGCCGCCGCAGCCGCCGUUCUCCUGCUGCUCGUCGCAGCUGCCGCCAUUGUGCCGGCGUCGGCCAGCACUCUGACCGCGUUCUCUGGCCCGGGGUGCGCCGGGAGAACCAAGGACGUCAACGGCUGUGGGUGCUUCGACAUCAGUGGGUACCAGGGAGGGUACCACUUCGUGUUCACCGAGGGCAAGGCUGCGACGCUGUACACCGGCUCUUACUGCCAGGGCUCGUCGGAAGGCCUGAAGAAGGAGACCCGCCGUUGCAGCCGCAACAGCUUUAAGAGCAUCUAUAUGGUCUGCUGA